GACACACGUCAGCCUUUCCCUGGCACCCGUCUUGACAUCCAACGGCCAGCCGUCGCGCGUCGCACUUGGGUCUCGUACGGAUCGACUCAACGCCCAAGAAGCUAAUUCUCGCCUUGUCUCUUAUCGCUCGCGUCCUUUCUACAGGCCCGCCGCAGCCUUGAUCGCCAUAGAUACCCAAACAGCUCUUCGCGACGCUGCCCGCCCGCCCGCACACAGCACAUCACAACCGCCAUGGCCUCUUCCAGUGCUAGAGGAAAUUACAGCCAUCCUUCACUAGAAGAUGAUGACCUGAUUGACCCGGAUGAUGCCGAUCUCAACGACUUCGAUGAUCCCCUCGGGAACCAGUCCUCUCGUCAACCGCUGGCGGGAAACAUUGGCUCUAGCUCCUCGUCUCGGCCGCUCAACGAGAACUACCUGACAUCGUCAAUCCCGGGCGAGGAUCGUCGGGCGCCGCAGAAUACCAUUGAUGAAACGGUUUGGGAGACACUGCGUCGCGACUUGCUUGCCGUCUGGGCCAAGCUGAGAGAAGUUCUUUACCCGCGGUACUUGUUGGGGGGGACAAUGUUCGACUCCGAAGGUGGCCUUCGUGGGGCCUAUUCUAACCUCCGCGGUGCCGGCAUAUCAGGUACAAGGGAGGAGCUGACCGGCCUCGCCAGCCGCGUCAUGGACGCCGAAGCUCUCUUGCAGAGCAACAUGAGCCCCGGUCUGCGGGACUGGGACUUGUGGGGGCCGCUGAUUUUUUGCCUGCUUCUCAGUCUCCUGCUCAGCUUCACUGCUCGCGCCGACCAGAAGGACGCCGUAUUCAGCGGUGUCUUUGCCAUGAUUUGGUUGGGAGAAGCCGUCGUCACGCUUCAGAUCAAGCUUUUGGGCGGCAACAUCUCCUUUGCCCAGAGCGUGUGCAUAAUUGGCUACACCCUGUUUCCGCUCGUCCUGGCUGCUCUCAUGUCGGCGCUCAAGCUUCAUUGGAUCGCGCGUAUCCCGGUCUAUCUGGUGCUCAUCUCUUGGUCCCUUGCGGCCGGCGUGAGCAUUCUUGGCGGCAGCGGCGUCGUCAAGAACCGCGUCGCCAUCGCCGUCUACCCGCUGCUCGUCUUCUACCUGGGACUGGGCUGCCUCUGCUUCAUCAGCUGAGCCACUUCUCCCUGUCAUGGCGUUGGUGCAGCAAGACGAGAGGAGAGCGUGGCGAUCAUGAUGCGCCAUGGAGUCUUUGUAUUUUAACCACCUGUGCACAAUGAUGACGCUUCUGCUAGUAGUCGGCAGGCUAUUCGUCGUUGGUAAAAGCUACGGGCGCAUAGCUGAGCCUCAAAUUCGAGCUGUAUGUCGCGAGCUCAGCGGCAGGCAACGGUCGCGCACUGGAUUUAGAGGGGAAGCCCAGUCUGGCUUUUGCCAGGAGGGCUUGCCAAGUUGCUGUCGAUUCUCAAUUUUGCAGAACAAGGGACGACGCUUGUUUGCGCCUGUGGCUCUCUCGAGACGUGCCUGAGUAGGAUCUCUCCGAGAGCAUAGUUCGCCACACGCAUUGGGGCGAGGUGGUUGAAGCUCGGUGCCACGGACAUUCACCUCACGCCAGAGAGUUGCAUCACAGGUUCCUCGGUACUGUAGUAUCUUAGUUCCUUUUGAUUCAGGCAUGCGUUCUUGAACUUGAGUCAAAUCUACCAACAGGAGAACACGCCCCGACACCCAUUGUAGAACGUCAUGGUCAAAUAGUUCAAGGGGUCGUCAUGGAUGAUGACUAUGAAUAGCAUGAACCGCAAGCACGGCACUGGUACAUGCACUAGUGCUCCGGGA